AGAGAUACGGCCUUAGCAAAGGGACAUUUCUGCUGGUGAACACAGCUCUGCGAGGACCAUCCCUGCAAGUGUCACUGGGUGGGAGGGUUUGGUUUCCAUCUGGACAGGGUGAAGGCUGCAGGACACCACUGUCACCGCCACUGUCACCCCGUGGCUCUUCUCCUGCUGGUGUUCCGGCCCCCCUCAGUUUCCUGCCGAGGGGCAGUCGGGCGCGAGCCCACGAGGCACAGAUUUCUCUGAUUAGGCAAGGCCAGGCAGCCUCUUCCCUUUCGCUUUCAGCUGCCUCUUCCUCCCCUUCCCCUGGGCAGCCCCAGCAUCCGCCCCAAGCGCAGCAGCACCGGCACCGCCACAGCCACGCACGGCCAUGGAGCGCAGUGACCGCGAGCCCCUCGUCAGGAAAACGAGCUCCUCGUACCACACCUUCCCCGAGAGCACUGCCAGGAGGCUCGACAGGGAGUACCUGAGGAGCCUCCACAACAAGCGGCUCUACCUGGCUGUGUUUGCCGCUGUCCUGGGCAACUUCAGCUUCGGCUUCGCCCUGGUUUAUCCCUCCCCCGUCAUCCCUGCCCUGGAGGCUCAUCCCAACCCUGCGCUGAGGCUGGACCAGCACACAGCGCCCUGGUUCGGGUCGGUGUUCACGCUGGGAGCUGCGGCGGGCGGGCUCAGCACGAUGCUGCUCAACGACUGCCUGGGCCGCAAGCUGAGCAUCAUGUUCUCGGCUCUGCCCUCGGCGCUGGGAUACGCGCUGCUGGCCGGAGCCCAGGGCCUCUGGAUGCUGCUGCUGGGCCGGCUGCUGACGGGCUACGCCGGCGGAGUGACCUCCGCCUCCAUCCCGGUUUACAUCUCGGAGAUCUCCCACCCGGGGGUCAGGGGGAUGCUGGGUGCCUGUCCCCAGCUCAUGGCAGUGCUGGGCUCCCUCGUCCUGUACGCACUGGGGCUGGUCCUGGACUGGCGCUGGCUGGCCGUGGCCGGGGAGGUGCCGGUGCUUGCCAUGGUGCUCCUGCUCUGCUUCAUGCCCAACUCGCCCCGGUUCCUGCUCUCCCAGGGGAAGGAGGAUGAAGCCCUGGGCUCCCUGUGCUGGCUGCGGGGUGAGGACACAGAUUAUGCCCGGGAGUACGAGCAGAUCAAGGACAGCGUGAGGAAGCAGAGCCGUCGGGUUUCCUGUGCUGAGCUCAAGGACCCCUUCCUUUACAAGCCCAUCCUGAUCGCGGCGGGAAUGAGGUUCCUGCAGCAGCUCUCGGGGGUCACCUGCAUCCUCGUGUACCUGCAGCCAAUAUUCAAGAAAACAUCGGUCAUCCUGAAACCAGAGUACGACGCAGCUCUGGUUGGCCUGGUGCGUCUGUCCUCGGUGGCCAUCGCUGCUGUGUCGAUGGAUAAAGCUGGGAGGAAGAUCCUCCUUUUUGUAUCAGCUGGUGUCAUGUUGGUCUCCAACCUGACCAUGGGGCUCUACAUCCACUUCGUGCCAGCUUCUCACAAUGGCACCGUGGCCAACACGACCCUGGUGAGCUCUGCCAACCUCCCUGCUGAGCCGACAAACUACAUCACCCUCAUCCCCCUCCUGGCAAUCAUGUUCUUCAUCAUGGGUUAUGCCAUGGGCUGGGGCCCCAUCACUUGGCUGCUGAUGUCGGAGAUCCUCCCUCUCAAAGCCCGUGGGGUGGCCUCGGGCCUCUGUGUGGUCGUGAGCUGGCUGACAGCCUUCACCCUGACCCAGUUCUUCCUCCCAGCCGCGAAUGCCUUCAGCCUCGAGGUGCCCUUCCUGUUCUUCGCCGUCAUCAGUGCUGGGAACAUCUUAUUCACAGGCUGCUGUGUCCCUGAAACCAAAGGCAGGUCCCUGGAGCAGAUCGAGGCCUUUUUCAGGACUGGCCGGAGGUCGUUCCUGAGGUAGGACCUGCCCUUGCCCAGGCUCGAGGGCAAAGCAAACUUGUGCUGCUGAAAGUGGAAGCUGGAGCUCCCUGUGGGAGAGGAAGGGGCAGCAAUGAUCAUCUUGCUCUGGCUGUAGAAGUUGCCAGCGGGAACUUUACCUUCUCUUCCUAUCACCCAACACUACCUGUGGCUCUCUGCACAACCUGUCAGUCCCCGGGAUGGGAGCAGGCAACCAGGGCCAGGAGACAGAGGUGCCCUGGAAGAAUAAAGGUGUGGCUGUGACAGGACACCAUGGUUGUCCUCUGAGAGUCUGAGGGCUUGGCAGGGGCAGAGUUUAGAGCUGGAGCCGUUCUGGCAAAAGCUCAUCAUGUAGCUGCAAGAAUAAAACAGCUUUGCUUCCAACUGCAAGACAUUGCCUUGAUUUGC